AAUAUUCACUGCACAACAAACAAACAGGCACAACAGUCACAGUCACAGUGUCGUCUCUUGGCCUUGUCACAAGGAAGGAAAUUAUUAACUUAUAUUGAGGGCUGCAGGCUGUGCAGGGCAAUCGACUUCAGAUCUGAAGUGAACUGUUCAUAAUGGCAGUUCCUCCGCCCGACCAAGUGUGUGUUAUGGGUCAGGGUAUGGAGGAAGAGAUACCAUCUCCCAGAUGUCUUCAGCACUGUCUGUCUCCAACGUCACUUGCUCUGAGAUUAGAGAGUGAAGAUGGAAUUGACUGCUAUGGCAAUGAACGAGAUGUACUGUCUGAACAGACAAAGUUCUACAAUAACAAACUGUUAAGUGACGUUACGCUGCUCGUUGGUACGGACAAAUUCUUUGCACAUAAACUGGUGCUUGUGCGGGCUUCUCAGGUGUUUGAAAGAAUGUUUACCUGCAAGCAAUGGGACAGUCACAAAGAGAAGGAAAUAAAACUGGUGGAGGACAGCAUGUGCCUCAGUGUCUUCCCCCGAUUUCUCAACUUCCUGUACAGCUGCCAUAUCAGACUCAACAUAGAUAACACGCUUCCUGUUCUCGUUCUGGCUGAUAAGUACAACGUGGCAGACCUGCGCAAUGUGUGCCUGGAUUUCGCCUGCUACUAUAUCAUUCCCAAAGUUCAACUGAAGGAUGUAUUUCAUGUGUGGUUUCAAUACGCCACCAAAUGCUAUCACCAAAGACUGAUACAAGCCUGUGUUCAGGCAUUAGCCCUGAAAAUGGAUGAAAUAAUCAACUCGGCAGAGUGGGAGACAGAGUGGAUGAGUCUUGACAAGGACCAGCUGAUUGAGAUCCUAAACUCUUCCUGUCUAGUCGUCAAGGACGAGUUUGACCUGUGGCAGGCAGUGGAAAAAUGGCUGCUGGCACACAGAGAUUCAAAGCAGAUGACUGUUGCCCAGUUUGCUAAUAUACUCGGUCAAGUGAUGGACUCUACCAGGUUCCCAAUGAUGACUCCUGAUCAGCUGAGUCAGCUGGAAACAUCUACUCUUGUGGAGAAGCACAAAGAUUUGUUCCAGCAGCCCUUGCUACUGGCCUACAAGUACCAUGCCCUCCCACUCUCUACAAGGGCACGCACAAAAGAGUUCACAACAAAAUCAUUCCUGUUGAGAAAUUACUCUAGCUUGCGCUGGGACAAACGUAUGGUCAUCCCUCGUCUCUCUGCAAUUCAGAAAGGAUCAGAGGUCAGCAUAAGAUUUUCCACUCGUGCGUCUUCGUUUCCUGCCCAGACUUGGGAGUGGGAGCUGAAAGUUCACCCCAAAGGCUCGUCUGCGAACCAGGAAGAUUUUCGAGUGCUGCUCUACUCCAACGUUAUUCUAGAACAGCCUCGACCGGUUGAAUACUACCUGGCCCUUGUCAAUAGCCAACAGCUGCUACACUCAGUUAGCGGGAGGAAAAAUUUCUCCAAGGCCCGCUACUCUUCGGAUACUGAGAUGGAGAAGAAGGUCUCAGUGACGGAGUUGAUGCAGCCCCAGUCUCCAUUUGUGGUGGAUGAUUCUCUGGUCUUGCAGAUCUGUCUCAAGCCGGCUGAGUGACCUUGUCCUUCAUAUUAAUGCCUCUGAUUAGUCUGAUCUGGGUAACUUUAGGCGUUUCUGAAGUCUCAGAGGCCCCCGAAUUUUUGCUCCUUUUAUGUCAGUUGAUGUUGUUCUGCCAAAUUGAUGUGUCAUCGGAGGUAUUGGGAGCAGUGAAAUAAGCUGUGACAGUUUUCUUGGUUUCUGGUCUUUGAUGUCCUUUUUAUGAUGCCUUUUCAGCUUGCAGCUUUUUAAAGAACAGUAGAAACGUGGUUGUGCAUCAGGCUGUGAUAUUCCUGACUUUGUGAGAUUUUUUUCCAUGUUCAUUUGCCAUGUCAACAUUUCUGUUCUUUAACUACAACAUUAUGAAAAUUUCGCAUUUAUUGUUUGGACCUUCCUUAUAUAUAUAAACUUUUCCAAAAGUUGAUUAUAUAUUUAUCUGUGACCCUCUCAAAACCUGUGGUUGAGAGUUUUUCUUCAUGUUACAUAUUUUAAAAAUAAAAUGUUGCAAAAAUUG